ACAGCCACCUAAGCCAGAAAGGGUGAACAUAUAUUUAAAAAAUACAGUAUCUUGUGAUUAGUUGAUUUUAAGAGAAUUAUUUUAAGGAUACACCUGGAAUAUUCUUGACUUUUGAGUUGCUGAAAGGUUGCUUUGUGUAAGGUACUAGGUGCAUUUAUUUUCUUUUUUUUAAACGAGUUAUAAUAUAUAUAUGAUAGAGUCAUAUUAAUGUCCAUAGUUUAUAGAAUUUCACAACCUAAUGAACACUCGAGCAACAGAGAGGACAAACGAGGUGGUGAAAUACCAGCACACGUCACACCAUACAUUUUAAAUCUGCUAAUGAUAACCAUAUUCUCGAGAAGGAGAUAGAUAUAAUCAGCUUGAAGUGCUGCAGGGCUCCGGGUUUCUUCUCCCUUCAUAUUGCAGUAAAACCCUGAUGCAACUUCCCUAUCUGUUCGUCUGUGUCAGCCAACCGUGCGUCAACUCUCUUUAAAAAAAGACACAAAGAACUCUCCUUCUGGUGGCCAUGAUACCGUGAAGCACUUCAGUCGACCGGCUCCACCCGAUCCAACAAUUAAUCCUGACUGAAUCAUGUCAGACAAUAUACUUGAAGAAAUCUUCAUAAAACGUUCUCAGCAGAAGAAGAAGACCUCCCCUCUGAACUACAAGGAGAGAUGGUUUGUUCUCACCCAGGACAAAAUAGCCUACUAUGAUUUUGAUUCUGACAAAGGGCAGAAACGAAAAGGUUUGAGAGGAUCAGUUGACCUUGAGAAGAUCAGAUGCGUGGAGUCGGUCCAGCCGGAGCCCAAUUCUCCUCCAGAGCGCAUGUAUGCUUUCCAGGUCAUUUACGACGAGGGGCCGCUGUACAUCUUUGCAAAGACCGAGGAUGCCCGAGCUCAGUGGAUAAAGAAGCUGAAAGAAAUGGUGCGCUUCAACAAGGAUCUCAUACAGAAGUACCAUCCUUGUUUCUGGGCGGAUGGGUUGUGGCUGUGCUGCAAGCAGGAAGUUAAACAAGCUAUGGGAUGCAAGGUGCUGGAUAAUAAGAACGGCUUUACAUCUAAACCAUCUCGGCGAUGGGGAUCCAGGAAACCCCUUCCUCCUACCCCAACAGAAGAGUUGUCUGUUCGGCCUUUACCUCCACAGCCUCCUGAGGCACCUUCAAACUCUGUAGGCAUGACUGUCAUGGCAGAGUAUGAUUACACACCCAUGACACCCCAAGACUUGGAGCUGAGGAAGGAUGAAGAGUACACCAUCCUGGAGAUGUCUGAUCAGAACUGGUGGAAAGCCAGAGACAAAUAUGGAAAGGAAGGAUAUAUACCUUGUAAUUAUGUUGUGGAAGCAGCAAAUGGGCUAGAAAGAUUUCACUGGUAUUCCAAGAAUACGAACCGUAGCCAGGCAGAACACCUGUUAAAGACGGAGAAUAAAGACGGAGGCUUCCUGGUACGGGACUCGAGCAAGGCCGGGAAAUACACCGUGUCUUUGUUCAGUAAGGGCGGCGGGGAAACUAGUGGAAGCUGCAGACAUUAUAACAUCUGUACCACAACACAAGGGCAGUUUUACCUGGCGGAGAAGCACAAUUUCGGCACCAUCCCGGAACUCAUCAACUACCAUCAGCACAAUGCAGCAGGUAUGGUUAGCAGGCUGAAAUACAUUGUAUCUAACCGGGCACGGCCUCCAUCAACAGCAGGGCUUGGCUAUGGCGUGUGGGAGAUUGACCCCCGUUACCUCACCUUCAUCAAGGAGCUGGGCACUGGUCAGUUUGGAGUGGUGAAGUACGGAAAGUGGCAGGGCCAGCAUGACGUGGCCAUUAAGAUGAUUAAAGAGGGAUCCAUGUCUGAAGACGAUUUCAUAGAAGAAGCCAAAAUCAUGAUGAAGCUUCGCCAUGAAAACCUGGUCCAGCUGUAUGGCGUGUGCACCAAACAGAGACCCAUUUAUAUAGUGACUGAGUUCCUUUCCAAUGGCUGCCUGCUGACGUACCUAAGGGAAGGCCUGACUCAGCACCCAACAGCUGUCCAGCUCCUAGAGAUGUGUAAAGACGUCUCCGAGGGCAUGGCCUAUCUUGAGUCCCAGCAGUACAUCCACAGAGACCUGGCUGCCAGGAACUGUUUAGUAGAUGGGAAUGGCAGCAUCAAAGUGACAGAUUUUGGACUUUCAAGGUAUGUCUUAGAUGAUGAGUACACAAGCUCAGCAGGUUCCAAGUUUCCUGUUCGCUGGUCACCUCCUGAGGUUCUCCUCUACUGCAAAUUCAGCAGCAAGUCAGACAUAUGGGCAUAUGGGGUUCUUCUGUGGGAGGUGUACACUUUGGGACGGCUUCCGUAUGAGCGCCUUAACAACACGGAAAUAGUGGAUCAGGUGUCCCGGGGCCUGCGCCUCUUCCGCCCCCAGCUGGCCAAUGAAAAGGUCUACAGCAUUAUGACAAGCUGUUGGCUUGAAAAAGCAGAUGAGAGACCCACCUUUCAGGAGCUGGCAAUGACUGUUCAGGAUGUGCUGUACGAGCUCCAGUAGAUCUAAAAAAUAAUCACAACACACAACUGCCAACUGAGCAGCAUUUCCGUCUGUCCAUGGAAAGUCAACUCAACAACUUGAACAUGGGACUGGGCAGCCACACUGAUAUCCUCUGUAAUAUGAAUAUACAUUAUAUGAAUGCCACUUGUUGAUUAACAUAACCUUCCUAUUACAUUAGUAGAAGUACAGUCCUACAUGCUAGCAUUUGAAAUGUGUAUAUUUUAUUCACUGUUAUCUGUCUUAAUUGAAUCCUGUGUAUUGUAUUCUGUGGAAUCAUUGUGAAAUGUAAGCACCUUUGCAUGUGGAAACAGAGCUUUGUGAAAACAUAUCUAUUGCACAAAUAAAAGCCAAGUAUGCCAGGCUAUGAAAUUA